UUGGCCUACAAUAAAUGGGGCAAGUUAGAGUAUGAUACACACAGUCACUUUGUUCUGGAACCGUUCCGAAAUUGUUCCGUUCCGAAGCCAAAUGUUCCGAACCGAACAGUUCCAAAUUUUUUUAGCGAUCUCCCCAGGAUUGAUGCAACUGGUUGCUGUACCAUCAAAUAUCGAAUGCCAAAGACAAAUAUCGAAGACAAUAUUAGAAGUGUUUACCUGGAGGAUGAUUUGUACAGGCGUGGCAUGCAACCAAUUAAUUGUUUCAUUAGUAAUCUAAUGCACAAUACAAGGAGAAACUGAGUCAAAUUAAUAGCUGAUAUAAUAAGCUCGGGGUAAAUUGAAUCUUUGAGAAUUCUGAGAAUGCAAUGCAUUAGAGUACAGUCAUGUUCAUUGCAGUUUUAACUGGUAUAUCA